UUUGUCACGUGACGAAUGGGACUGUGACUUUCAUGUCCAGCCCAAAUAAAUAGGUCACACAGAACUGCGUGGUUCAUUCAGAUCACAUUGUUCCUGAGGAGGAAGGAAAAGGACAGGCAGACUUGGUGGAGAUUGAACCUGAAUAAAGAUGAUCAUCUUCUGUAUUGCAGCUGCUCUGUUUGCUCUGACUGCAGCAAAGACAGCUGACUCUACUCAUAACGAUCUCCUGCUCAAGCUGCAACAGGAUCUGCUGCGCGCUGCUGCAAAUGAGCAAUCUCUUCCCAACCCGAGUAUCCACAUCGCGCUGCGCCUUUCCACUCGACACAACCUGACCAUAGAGGGCCAGUACCUCCAACUGCUCAAGACCAAGUUUCAUGAAGACAUUCAGAGCAAUCUGGACAAGGCGCAGCCUGUGGUGGGCCGCCUCGCCCUCUAUGUACUGGCGUUAAAAUCUUCCUGCCAAGACCUGAGCAAUGCAUCACUGUUGACUGGUGAGAAACGCCAACCUCUGCUCACACACUUGAAGAAACAGCUGGAGUUGGAGAAGGACCACAUCAUGACCAGCUAUCGUCCCCUGACUAACUACUACCAGUACUCUCUGGGCGUUCUGGCUCUGUGUGUAAGUGGAGUGAGAGUGAGCACUCAGGUCAGCCAAAAGCUCAUUGACACUGCCCUGGAUGACCAAUUCAAACAUGGUGACUCUGUAAGUGUGGAUACUGUUGCAGUGGCAGGCAUAGCCCUGCAAUGUCUGAAAGAUGCUGACACCCCGGUUAUAAACAAAGAGAAGUUGGUCAAUGCUCUGGUCUCCAUCAGAAAGCAGCUUCUGGACUCGCAGAGAGCUGAUGGACACUUGGGCAAUGAGUUCAGCACCGGCCUGGCUGUGCAGGCUUUACUGGCCCUAGGCAAAAAAGUAGAUGAGAAGUCUCCGUCUGUGAAAGCUCUGUGGGCUGAUGUCGAAAAUGGUACCUACCACAACCCCAUGGGGAUCUCUCAAAUCCUGCCUGCUCUCCAGCAACGCUCGUAUCUCGAUCUGAAGAAAAAGAAUUGUCAGGAUGAGGAUGACUCUCUCAGUUUGAGUUCCGAUCCAACUGUCCUGCCAACUGUAUCAAGUCGUCGUGUGCAGGUGGAUGUGGUGGUGUUGAAGGCAGACGGCUCAUCCUUCAGUUAUAAGAUCAAAGUUCCUGGUGGUACCUCACUGCUCGAGACUCUCAAGCUGCUUCAGCAGGAGCAGACAAACUUCACGUUUAAGACAGAGGACAGUCUGUGGGGGCCGUUUCUUAGUGUAGUGAACGGAGAACAGGCACGACAGACCGACCGGAGAUACUGGCAUCUUGCUUCUGGUGGACAAGCACUGAGUCAGGGUAUAACAGACUAUAAGAUUGAAACGGCUCAGGUCAUCACCAUCAAGAACACGAGCUACUGAUCCGGGUCCAAAAUGAGACAAGGGAAUCUUUUAAUGAGAAUAAUACUCGCCAAUUUUUAGUGUUCAUUUCUCCUUUUUAAUGGAUGUUUUGUACAACAGUUAGUUCUGGUUUACUGAGCAGCGUUCUAUCUUCACUAUGACAUCACUGGGACGUUUCACUGUCUGUAUCACGUCACUUGUUUGUGUUCACCACAUAAAAUUCCAACUCCUAGCAAUCAUUCAUUACACUGAAACGGUCACUACACUUACUACAGACCGUCAGUCAGUCGGUUACCAUGGCAACACGCAACACUGUGUUUGGCUGUAGCUUCUUUGGGGAAAGGGUUUUUUUUAAUGGAGCAAAAAUAAAUCAAAUAUUCAGCCAUGUUGUGUCAGUUACUCUAUUAAUUUCUUCUUUAAAAAACUUGUAUAAAAGCAAUAUCACACUCGCAGUCCUGCAGUUGGACUGAAUACCUGUGGCCCCGUCCCUACAGCCGUGCUGAUAUUCACGACAACAGCACGAUUGCGAGUUAUAUACUUAAUUAUAUAGUUUUUUUUUCUUCUAUGUAACAACUUUAACAAUAAAUAGAGUUGAGUAUCAGAA